AUUUCGUCGGGGAAGGACGCGCUCGGUGAAAAUCGGUCCGCAGCGUGGAAACGGGCAGCUCUCGCAGGCAUAGAAAGUAGAAAAAAACGGCAGGUGCUGAGAUUGUGAGAACGGUGCAAUCGCCAGCUCACCCCUUUGAGAGAGAGAGAGGGAGAAAGAGCACGAAGAAUCCAAAUGUAACCCACGCUUGGUCUUCGAUUUGCAGUUUUCGUUUGUCCCGCUGUGCCUUGGUUGUGACCCGAGGAACAGGGUGUCCGAAGGAGUGCACAACCUAACCUAAAACAACAAGCGAAGAGUGAGAGAAGAGGAUCAACUGCGUGCGAGAGAGUGAGAGCGAAAGAAUACCCGUUUCUAGCUGCCAAGGAUCCGACUUUUGUGCGUUUUAGAUUUUGUCACCCCUGUUCCGGUUGGUGGUGGAGAAAAUUUACGCACCUCCGAAGCGCGAGAGGCGAAGAGGAAAGGCUUGUGGCCAGUGCCGAAGCGUGACGCGUAACUUCCUUCCGGAGAAAAACAUCCUGCGAACGGCGCGCGUGCUGUGUUGUGAUUCCAGAAUCCUCGGUCGGUUGUGCAGAUUGUUUGUGUGCUGUGGGCAUUGCAUGUGCGGCCGAGUCGAGAAAUAAGUGAAAAGAAUUCCGUGCGGGGGUUUUCCAAUAGGAAGGAUCGUACGGCUAGUGUGCGUUUUUGUGUUUGCAAGGGAACGUGUUCUUUAGUACCGGAGUGGCCAGCAGUGCUCCCCUCUGGAUGACUUCUACGCCACCUGCUUCGUCGGAAGCCAUCGCCAGCCAACAGACGAUGGCCGACAACAACGGAGCGACAAUGGUGUCCUGCAAUUACGUUGCGCUGCUCGAGGGUGUCUUCAAUGCGGCCCGCACCGGCAAUCUAGCUGCUCUAAAGAAAUGGACCUCCCGACUGAUGCCGAACGAUCUCAAGUCGCUGGUGAUGAUGAAGACGACCGGCGCCACACCGCUGCUGAUUGCCUGCCGGAACGGCCACUUCGACGUGGUGCAGUAUCUGAUCAAACGGUGCCACGCGGACGUCGAGCAGGCCGGCUCGGUCAUAUUCGACGGCGAAACGAUAGAGGGCGCCCCGCCGCUCUGGUGCGCCUCGGCCGCCGGGCACACCAACAUAGUUAAACUCUUAGUCCAACACGGUGCCAAAGUGAACAGUACAACCAAAACGAACAGCACACCACUGCGGGCGGCCUGUUUCGAUGGCCACUACGAAAUAGUGAAGUAUCUCGUCUUACACGGUGCAGACAUUGAAGUAGCAAAUCGCCACGGACACACCUGCCUGAUGAUCGCCUGCUACAAGGGGCACUACAAAAUCGCACAAUACUUGCUCUCGCUGAAGGCGGACGUGAACCGGCGUAGCGUGAAAGGCAACACGGCCCUGCACGAUUGCGCCGAGUCCGGUUCGCUCGAGAUCCUACAGCUACUCCUGCAGCACGGGGCCACCAUGGACGUCGAUUCGUACGGAAUGACACCACUGCUAGCAGCCAGCGUUACCGGACACCUGCCGAUCGUGGAACAUCUGAUCAAGCUUCCGUUAGUGUCGCGAGACGAUCGGAUCGCCGCGCUCGAGCUGCUAGGUGCCACGUACGUCGACAAGAAGCGCGACAUGCUUGGUGCCCUCUCGUUCUGGAAGCGUGCAAUGGAGGACAGAUACAACAACAGCCCCAUCCAGCCGAAACCAACCCGUGAUCCGGUGCCUGCGUACGACUACGUGCAAGAGGUAAACAACCUGACCACCCUCGAGGAGCUCGUCAUGGACCCGGACGAAAUGCGCAUGCAGGCGCUGCUGAUUCGCGAACGGAUACUGGGCCCCGUGCAUCCGGACACCAGCUACUACAUCCGCUUCCGGGGUGCCGUGUACGCCGACUCCGGUCGCUUCGAUCGGUGCAUCGAGCUCUGGACGUACGCCCUGUCGAUGCAGCAAAGCAUCCUCGAACCGCUCAAUCCGAUGACCCAAUCGUCGCUGCUCUCGUUCGCCGAGCUGUUCAGCUUCAUGCUGGGCGAGGUCGGGCGGCCCAUCACUCGCGGUCGCAUCGUGCCACCGAUCGAAACGUCCGACAUGCUGGUGGUGUUCAAGAAAUCGAUCUGCGAAGUGCAGCUCGGCCAACAGAUGCUCGACCAGAUGCCGUACCCGGAGCGUGACCACGGUGCGCUCAGUCGGGCGCUCGUGAUUUCGCUGCACCUCGCCUGCCUGCUGGUGCGGCUGCUCGACGAGGAGGAGGAACUGUGCACGGAAGAAAUGAAGCACCAGAUUCUGCAGGCACUGUACGAUCUGGUCAGCUUGAAGAUCGUUUCGAAAACGGGUCAAACCGCCCUGCAUCUCGCUUGCUACAAGGAAGCGGCACUGGUUGGGCGAUACCCGGUGUGUCAGCUGCCGUCGCCACGGCUCGUGAAAGCCUUGCUGCAGGUCGGGGCGGACCCGAACGCACAGGACGACAGUGGCAACACGCCGCUCCACCUGGCCGCCCAAACGCGCCCCUGCCCACCGAGCCUGGCACAAACGUUGCUCGAGCACGGCGCACACUUGGAUACACGGAAUGUCGAAGGUUUCACGUUUGAGACACUUCUGCACAACCAGCAGCUGCACGAGCUGGUCAAUCCGAUCAAGUACACGCGACUGUCCUGCCUGGCGGCGCGCGUCAUCAAGAGUCACGCACUCCACUACCAGAACGAGAUUCCCAAGUGUCUGCUGGCGUUCGUCGAUUCGCACUAGCAUCAGCGGCACGGGUCAGUGAGUGGCACGUCGUCGGACGCAGGCCGCCGGCGCGUAUCUCAGGAUCGUGAUCCCUUGGAAGGUUGAGAAGCAACAGCCCCGUUUAACGCCACGAUCCGGCUGACGACGGUCAAGGGCGGAAAGAAUACGAUUAGAAUUCAGUGAAAAAGGAAUUCGGUGCGUGCAAACAUCAAGCAACCAUUCGCUGCCAUUUAGAGGAAACCCGGAACGUUAACGAGAAGCUUUCACGACGCAGUUCGUUCCCCGCAAAAGCACACAAACGGCUGUUGGCAGCAAAACGGAAACCUUCAUUGCGAGGUGUCGAUUCGAUUGCUUCCCAACUCUUGUUGAACCGAUGAUCAGCCAACGAUUUGAGCGAGCAUCAAACCGGCUUCGGAGUGAUCUCUGCCGUCGGUCAAGCACGCGAGGGGAGCAUACGUUUCAGUGAGCCAUGGUGCUGAGUUUCGUUUGGCAGUAUUCGUCCUGCUGCUGCUCCUGGUUUGAAAACUACUUCCACUGAGCUUUGUUUGGUUUCUGGGGUUCGUUCUGUCUGGGGUGGUUUCUGUUUCGUUUCGAACGAUAGAUAGUAAUAAAAGUAAAUUUAAGAAAAUUUCAACCCGCAGCUACGGGAAGGAUGCGCGCAGGGUCGGUCGUGGAGAGUUCGACGGGAGGUGUUAGAUUUUCGAGCCACAGGAUGCUGCAAAUUAGCGCCACUAGUUUCUUUCACUCUCAGCACCUCAUCCAACCGCAGAUAGGUGUUUUGCGACGCAUAAAUCCCGAGGGGGCAGCUCGCAUAAUAACAGAAAGGAGAAAGAACUCGGAGCACAACAAGAAGCGGUUCAUUGGGAGUGUCGCUUUCCUAGUAGGGAUUGAUACGUUGAUACGACCCGCAAGCGUGAUUGAGGCCGAACUUUAUAACAUUUGUUGUACUGAGGGAAGGGAAGAGAACGAUUUAGUCGAAUGAUUUUACGGCACGAAGUCGAGUACGAAUCCAGGGAACGAACCUUUUCUUUUAAUAUUUAGCGAUACGGCCGAAGUAUCAGCGACGCACGCGCGUAAGGGUGGCGGUCGUCCUGCUUCCCGCGCCGUCGAUAGAUAAUUGGUGUUGAUAACCGUGUGAUAAGCGACGACAGAGAGAGAGCCCGGGAAGACAUGCACGCGAUCGGCGAUCGACCAUGAAACGGUUCGUGGCGUCGGUUGCGUAGUGUAUCUGUUUUGGUUCUGCUUUUGGUUUGCUUUUAGCUCGUAACAGAUUUUUAGUUUCGUUAAGGAUCCAAUAAACAACCAUUACUCUCCCAGGACACA